AAGCAGGCAUAAAUAUGUCUUAUCUCGAAUCCGAAGCUCUCCUUGUUAUCAAACAUUUUCUUAGUGUUUUUCAUCGGUUCCGAGCAGUUCGUUAGUGCAGUUGGAUGCAACAGCUGUAUUCGGUGAUGAGUCAGCGUUCGCUGCUGGAUAAUCUACCCGUCAGUUAGUAAAAAAGUGUAGCUUCAUUCGCUUGUUCGUCGGGGAUAAUUAGGUUUCCUUGUUCGAUGCGUGUGUUGUGUACCUGCCAGAAAAGUUGCUCAAUUUGUGCACUGUUGUUAGUGGUAAACAAAUUUUGAAUGUCCUAAGCUCGGCAGGAUGCUACCCGAGAAGGAUAUUAUUGUGAAAGGAUGGGAGAAGCUAGACGACGAUGUUGUCAUCAAGGAUGUAGCCACCAAGGGUAAACACGUCAAUCUCUGCGUAAGCUUUCUCGCCCAACGAAACGAACUCACCCACACGGAGGCGAAAAAUUAUUUCUUGCAAAAGGUUAACGCGUACGUCUACCGGUUGCUCUCUAACCGACAGCUCUACAAGGCGGAGCAUAUCCUGACGAACAUCGAGCGCGUCUCGAAGUAUGUGUUCUACCAGAUCGCGGCCGAAACCAGCGAUCACGGCCUGAGGGACUACAUCCGGGAGCACUUGGCCCGAACGGUCGAGAACUAUAGUGGCGAAAACGGCGAGGAGCGGAUUAUCGCGGCCAAUUGGCGAGUGUACUGUUUGCUCAAAGCCAACGUGCGUCAGUUGGCCGAUCUGCUCAAAGAGCUGGACAGUGGGUACAGCGUGCUGGAAAUCGAAACGAUGUCAUUCAAUACGUUCUACAUGAAGGACGAGGCGUACCGGAGCGCGGUUUCGCUGGAUUUAUUCUUCAAAAACGAAGAAACGGAAAUCUCCCCGCUGUUGGACAAAUAUGCCGUGUGGAGUUACCUGCUGAAGAACAACAUCGAUAAUCUGGUCAAGAUAUGGAUACAGAUCAACGCGUGCCUGCGAUCGUCACCCGAGCUAGCCAAAAAUCCCCAGCUCUACUCGGCGGAUCUGGCGAAGAUAAAGAUCGAUAUCUACGAUGAUCCACGUUUCAAUGAGCGUCUGCGGCAGCUCUUUCGACGAUGGGAAAUUAACGAUUUCAUGAUCUCGCUGCUCUCUAGCCAGAAAAGCAUGUGUCGGAAUGAGGUGUUGCUCAACGCGUUGGCGACCUACGGGAAGUUUGUGGAUCACGAACGAACCGAUGCUCUGCAGAUACUCAGAAGACUGAUAACGACGCAAACGUUGCACUCCUACAGGUAUUGGCUGGAGGGGGAAGUGUUUCAGGACGGGUUGAUUAAACAUCUGGUAGAGAAUCGAUUGUUUCCACUGCUGGAUUUGUCUGUGGUCAGUAAAGAAUGCUUGAUGAAGCUAGCCGAUGACCCGAGCUGUGAUAACAGAGAAGAACUGGAGCUGUAUUUAGCGCUGCGUGAGCUCAGAAGCAGCGACUUAGGCAAAGAAAAAUUAUUAAAUAUUUCUACCAAGGCGUCGAAAUAUUUGCUGAAUAUUGAACCGAACUUUUACGAUGAGAACCACAUUGUGUUUCUGUUCGAGUAUUUCCUAAAUCCACAGAAUACAAAAUUCCCCAAAGAUGAGCGUCGAUUUGCGACAUUACCUCACCUGCGCCAAUUUCUAGCCAGGUUGACGAGAGGUCCGAACUCGUCACCCUCCGCGGAAGAGCUGCUUACUCUGCACGGAUUACCAUCUCUGGAAACCAUCAGAAGUCAUCUUUUCCGGGAUAUAAACACGGGCGAUGAGGACGAGCAACUUAUGAAGCAAGCAAUGUUCAAGGAGCAUGGCUAUAUUCCGCACUGUAAUCAUCCACUGCUCUGUGAAAAAUAUUCCAACCCAGUGAAACUGAAUUACCUUCAUUACAUUAAACAACAUCGGUCCAGCUAUGCGCUGUAUCUGUUCUACAUGGAACAGUUAAAGUGCUACUCUCGAAUCAGUCCACUCCAGAUAAACAGUGCGGCCAAAACAGCGGCCGAAAUUGCACUUGCAUCCUACAAUGAUACGAGCCUGGUUACCCACUGCAUUGCGUUCAUUGAGAUGCUCGGAGUGAACAGUGCCCGAACUCGUGCCUACAUUCGAUGUUUGAACAUGGUUGCUAGUGGUGAAACCGAAACAGUGUCCCCAAACGAGCUGGUCCAGCGGUGUGAAAGUGUUAUAAUUUCUCGGUCCUGGAACGAUCCGGAUCUGCUGUCCGAUUUAGAAGCUGUCACUACGGUUUGUCGAGCCAAUCGAAUCAAAUUUCCCGAAAACUAUCUGAGCCAGAUUUUAUCGGAAAACAAUUGGCUACGGUUUUUGUUUCUUGUGGAAUAUUUGGAACUACCCCAGGAGCAGAUAUUGGAGCUGUGCAAGGAUGGCUUCCAGGAUCGAAACAUUGGACGGAAUGUUAUCCGGGCAAUCCGGUACAACGUGGAGAGCGCUCGGCGAAGUACGUCAACGUCGUCAUCGGUCCGAAGACGCAGCAGCACGACUUCCAGGCGGCGAAGGAGGGGUAGCAACACCACCGCCGAGAGCCGCUCGAGUGUAUCGAGCGAGAGCGACAUCCAAUCAUCCGGCAAAUACUACAACAGCACAUCACAGCACUCGCACUUCGUGAUAAAUGAGUCAGCGUUCGACGGCACGGAUUACGAAUGGUCACGCUUCCUUGACGAGCAGUACGAUAGUGACCUAUUCGCUACGAUUCUGCUGUGCUCGAGUGAGGCGAGAAACUGUGACAGGUUAGAGGCGGCUGCAAGCUGCACCAUUCGGGAUUUCGAAAGCUUUCGACAGCUGGUUGGGGGGACAUACGGCGUGGAUAGCGGCAAUCGGCAGUCGGGUCCUUCGGGGACAUUCGCUAAUCUGCUGGAUCGCGCUGUGCGCAGACGAUGGCCUUUGUUGGCUGUGCUGGCAGCGGUUGUAUUCGAGACAAGCCGCAAAUUUUGUUGGCUCACCUGGUUGAUGGUUUCCAUCGAUUAUCCGUACCAGGAAAAGAUUGUCCAACUUCAGGAAAUCAAGUUCUUUCAAGAUUUGUUGGAGUAUUACAUCAGUUCCGGCCGUGUGCGAACGCUUGAGGAUAGUCUCGAAGUGUUCUACCCAAAAGCAAAUUUCCGAAAUUUGACCAAGUAUUUUGCUGAAACAGCGGAUAUAAACUUCACUCAGAGCAGCAUCGACUGUCUGCGACGAUUUCUCGAAAAUGCCACCGACUGCCCGCUAUUGGGACUGGAUGGGAAUGAACUGAGGAACUUCAGCGCCAAGUUGCUGACCCUUCACCUCGAUCACAAUUUCGAAUCGUCCCACCACCAGAUCUAUCUGUUGCAAUCGUUGAUUGCAUCGGAUAUAGAGUACUUCACGUGUGUCGUUGAUUUCACACGACUUUUGAAAAUAAGCGAGAUCAUCCAAAACACGACGGUGCCGGUUAAGUUCAUUAAUUUCUACGACUGCAAAGAACGUCAGCAAGAGGAAUUUAAAGCGCUUUGUGAGCGCUUGAUUGCGCAAAAUUUCUACAAGGAAGCAAUCGAAUUGGCUGAUCUAGCAGAGCUGCCGAAAGAUUCGAUUAUCUUCGACUACUGGGUUAGUCAGGUCGAAAUCAAUGGAACAUGCGAUUUCGAGCAGUACCAGAAAGAUAUGGACCGAUAUCACUUCCCUCCUCGGCUGUUGCUCAAAUUUUACAUCUACAUUGCCAAUCAGACCGAUUAUCAUAACCCGAGAAAAUACAUUCUCCUGGCGCGAGCUUUGGAACUGAUCAAAGAAUGGAAUCUCUACCCGAGUGAAGAAUUCGAUCGCGACCGCUUGGAAUACGAGCUGGCGCUGGCAUACGUGAAAUAUACCGGAGAUCCAUUCGACUUCAAAUUGUAUCAUUCGCACUUCUUCACUACCACCUUCCGACGGGAUCAAGGCGUGCUCUACCAUACCUUCCUGGAGCUGAAAGAAGUAGCUGGUAUCAACGAUCUCACUGUUUCGCAUCUUAAUUUGGAAGACCCAGAAGAAGUGAUCCGUUUGGAUGGUCUCAUCAAUCGUUUGCUCGAGAAAGGUGACAUCGUACAGGCUCUCCGGUAUCAGGCCAUCUUCGAUCAACGUCCGAUCGAUCUGCACUUCAUUGUGUUCUGCAUGGCGCUAGCGGAAUCACUCGUCAGUUUGUACAAUCUAUCAAAAGAGGAACGUCUUCUACUGAAUGAAGACUAUCGGAGGGCAUCGAACCGGUUCGAACGAAGGACACUUCGCACAAGCCGAGUGAGUCAGAGCUCGGUGUCGUCGCCGUUGAAAUUGGCGCAUAAUGAUUCGCUGGAUACGAGCACUGGGUGUUCGGAGUUUGAGGAGAUGCCAUCCAAAGAAAAAAGGGACAUCUUCGAAGCAAUCAAUGGUCUCGGUGGCAAAAUCAAGCACGGCCAAGCGAUUGCUCAGCGUAUUGUUCUCACCUAUCGUAUCGCAAUGUUCCUCGAUAAGGACUACAAUGAGAUGCUCAAAAUUCGCGACCCCAUCGGUUUGCUGGCCGAAGUUAUUCAGAACGAUUGGCACUGCAAGCUGGAGGUUAUAAACGAUAUUGUGACAGCACAUCGCCUCAGUGAGGCUACAAUAUCGGAUUUCCUAGCUAAGGAAAUAGUGACCGCGGUGGUGAGGUCGAAGUUCUACAUGCUACAGCAGGGUUCACCAUUGGUCAAUUCCAAGCCUACCGACGAGCUGCUGUGGGGCUAUAACAUCGAUCGAGAUUUCCAUCUGUUUCUGGAAUUGGCCCCCAACACCACCCUACUCGGGAAUCAGUUGCUCAGAUAUUGUGAUGGCAUUAAAAACUAUAAAAGACUGGAGAAGUUAUCGGAAAUCAAAUCUCCCACAGAGACUGAAAACUCGGAUCGUGAAUUAGUCGAGACGAUAAGCGCUGUCUUCAAAGCACAAGUUCUCUCUCUGAAGAAACAGAACACAAUCAUUGUCGCCCUGCUGAUCAAAGCCCACGAUUGUUUCUUGCACGAAUGCUUCGUCGAAGGGAUCGUGCAGAUUCUCCAACGCUGUAAAGCACUAACCUCGGUACUUUCGACGGCGAAAUCAUGGAGUCUGAUUGUGAAACUGCUGGUCGGAAUUGGGCGCUACCGCGAGAUGUACUACUGCUUCGAGACGCUCAUCAAAAACGACCAGUUUGAAUCACUGCUCGGACAGUUCGACGAGAAGCAUACCAACGGACUGAAGGCGGCCAUCAUCUCCUACCUGCACGAACACUGUCCGGAGCAGAAAGAAUAUUUCCGACUGGCAGCCCUUCACUUUUUGAUGUACAAAGAGAUCGCGGAGCUGUGGGAAACAGAGGCAAAAUCCACAAUCGCAAAAGUGAUAUCCAUGCAUGAAAAAAGUUGUCCGACGACGCUGUCGCAAAGUUCAACGAUAAGCCUCAAAGUGGUUGUUUCCAAACUGGAAUGCACUGAGUAUGCGCUCUCGGAUCUCAACUCCGCUAUGGAAGCAUACAUGCACGCGGCUGAGAAUUAUCUGUUGGAUAACAAGCUAAAUUUAGCACAAAAGGCAGCCUGCAGCGCGGAACUUGUUGCUCUGCAAAUCUGCUUGAUCAAUCAAGUGCUUAACGAAAAGACUGGUCCAAGUGAGGAUGUUUCACUGUGCACAUCGGUGUUGAACAUCAAAAAGGACGAGAAAGGUUCGAACCUUGCCUUCUACGUCAAUCAUGAGCUUAGUAUCCCACAAGCUCUAAUCAUCGCCCGCAACUAUGAUUUCGAAAUCAGCUGGUCGACCGCUCUGUAUCAACACUAUGUUGUCAACGGGGAAACACAAUACCUGGAGGAAUAUCUCGACCGGAUGCCACUGACGGAUAGGAUGAUCGAAAGCCUCGUCAAAACCUUCCAGAUGGAGUCGUCGGUCACACCGGAAAUGGAACGGGCUGUCGCCGAUUUGGUUCAAAUGGUAGAUGCAGCCACCCUCAAGUAUCAGCUAGCGUCGCUGCUGGGGCUCAAACGCACGCUGAAUGAACUGAUCAACGGGAACAGUUUCUACUACUUGAAGGAUUGUGAUUAUGGGCGCAACGAACAUAUUACCAGCGGGAGCUGAAGUAGAUGAUCAUUCGAGCGAGUUUUUACAUUAUGUAUUUAUUAGUAUUGUUUUGUUUAAGUGUUUGCGUGAUUUUUUAAGGAAUAAACAAACUGUAUUUAUUUAUAACUGUAUGCGAA